CAAUUUGUUGUUUUUCGUAGUCCACCCGUUUCUUCUGCUCCAUAGCUUCUCAUCAAUGGCUAUCAAAUGAAGGAUCUUGAUAUUCAAACUUCAACUAACCCAAGGAAUUUCAGAUAGAGAGACUCCUUAUUUACCUUUGAAAUGCUGAUUCAAGCUUACUCCCAGAACCCCCAUUUUUUCUUUCUUCCCCCAAACCCUUCAAUUUCCCCCCACCUCUCCUUCAAUGUUUCUCAUUCGCCUAAACUUAAAUCGCCGGUGGGUCGACGAUAUGAAUCAAUGUCCAGGAUUUCAGCUUCUGGGGAGCACAAUCCCACCAUCAUUUUGGGGAAGAAAAGAAAGGUUUUCGAACACAUUUCUUUGCUUAAAGCCAAGGAAAAUAUUUCUGAAGAUGAAGAGAAUGAUAUGCUCGAUUAUCUCUAUACCACGCAGUAUCAAAUGAGGGGCAUUGUGGCCGUUUCAUUAGGACGUGCUUGUGAUCAAAAUAAUGGAAGGUAUACCCAUGGUGUGUAUAUGCGUUUCCAAAGUAAGGAAGACCUUGAAAAAUUCUAUGUGAAUCCUUUCUACUUGCGAGUACUAAAUGAGCAUGUGAUGCCUUAUUGUCAUGGACUGGUUCAUGUAGAUUAUGAAUCAGAGGUGGAAGAUGACAUGCUUCCCAUAUUUCGUAAAGGAGAGGAGUUCAAUUAUGGUGUGGAGUUCGUGCUUCUCAUUAAAUUUUGUCAAGAUUCAUUUGGCAAACCAUUAGAAGAUGCAUUAAAUUCUCUCGAGAGACUGACAAUUGAUAAUCCUUCCUUAAUUGUCCAGUUUACUCAAGGUUUAAAUUUUAAUCCUACUUGUAAGGAGUUCACACAUGGAGUUGUUAUACGAUUUCGGUCAAUCAAUGCCUUUGAGAUAUUUACCAGCAGCACAGAAUACAAAGAUAUGUGGAAAUCUAAAUUCCAACCAAUCGUUCAGAAGACAGUGCCUCUUCACUUCUCUGUUGACCCAGUAGGGACGGAGAUCAUGUAGCAAGGAAUAUUCUUGGUUUGUUCCCCUAUACAUCAUCCAUCCCAAGUGACCUGUUGAAGAUGGUAGGCUCAAUAUGAUUUGAGUGAACUCUUUGUUGCAGGUUUUGGCACCAGAUUUCGUUUUAUAUCCUAACAAGCGCUUGGCUACCAUUAAUCUGACGUGAAGGUGGAAUCAGGAGGUACAGAUUCUUGCGUUUGAUUUCUAGCUUGUAACGUUCUGUACACCUCUCUACACCCACUCACUUGGAUGGUGCGGCCAUUUUAUACCUGUUCUGGAUGCUAUUUUUCUAUUUUGUACAACUCAUAUGAUAGUAACUUGAGAUAUUUAAUCCGCGGUUGAGAUAAAUCUGUAUACCGAACCUUCCGCCAUUCAAUAUUUGUAUUUAUGCUUACCAUUACCUUUA